AUGGUAGGACGAUAUUCUAGAAUACAAGACGAUAUUAUAAUUGGAGAAACAAAUAAUGAAAUGAGUCGAAAUUCCACAGAGGUUAAUUUGAUAGAGACAGAUGAAAUGGAAUUCUUCGAUUUGGAAAAUUUACAAAUGACUAAUGAAGAUAAUAAUGGUGACAACAACAACGAUGACCAUACCAACCUUCCCUUUAUAAAUAAUAACAACUCUAGUAGCACCACUAACAUUAAUAGUAGUAUUACUUCAGGUGAUACCAUUUAUAAUAAGAUAAAACAUAAUAUAAUAGUUCCAAUACAAACUAGCAUUAUCGAACCACUUUCUGAAUUUGAAAGGCUAAUGACAAGAAAAUUGGAUAAGUAUUUAACUCAGUUUGGUAACCCACUAAUUUUGAAAAGAUUUUUAUAUAUGCUUGUUGUAUCCAUAAUCAUGUGGGUUAUAUGGAGAUCUGGCUUUAUAUUUGAAUACUCUAAUGGAACCACCUUUUCUAAUCAUGAUAUGCUACUACAAUAUGUAAAUGAUCAUAUUGAUUUGAAUAAAUUUGAAACAGAUUUACAAUAUUUAACUUCUAUGCCACAUAAAUCAGGUACUAGAGGAGACAUGGCUAUAAAAAAUUACAUAAAAAAAUAUAUGGAAAAUAUUCAUUUAAAGGAUGUAGCAGAUAAAAAGUAUGAGGGUUACGUGAAUUAUCCUGAUUUGAUGAACAAGUCUACACUCUCUUUAUUUUAUAAUAGUGUAAACACCGAAAAUGACGAAGAUAACAAAAUUGUUGAAAUUCAACUAAAUGAAUUAAAUUUUGUUUCGUUAACAAUUAAUGAUCAACUGAACAAGACCAAUAUCAUAUAUGGCCAUUAUGGCACUGAAAGAGAUUAUUUACAAUUAACAAAAAAGUUUCUGCUUGAGGACCCGUUUGUUAUUUUAUUACAUUUUGCACCAGAUGAUAUAAUUCCAAUAAGUGAGCAAAUUCUUUUAGCACAAAAAUAUAACGCACAAGGUAUUAUAUUUGUAUCAAACGAAUACGGUGAAGAUUUUAAUGAUGCGAUUCAACAGAGGAGUGCUGGGUUAUUGCAAUAUGGUUCCGGCGAUGUUCUGUCUGUACAAGCUUCAUCUCAUGGAUAUCUUGACCUUUUGAAUUCAAAAAGAACUGAAUUAUUACCAUACGUUUCUAUUAUAUCAAUAUCAUCUAACCAGGGAAAAUUGAUUCAAUCUAAAUUUGAUUCAAAGGGUUCUGUCCUUUUUGAGAAUGGUUGGUAUAGUGGUAAUGGCAAUGAUAUACAAUGUAAAAUAAAUGUAACCAGUGUGAUAAAGGAAAGACAACCAAUUUAUAAUGUUAUGGGUAAAAUUGAAGGAAGGGAACAACCAGAGAAAGCAAUAAUCAUUGGUGCUGUAAGAAAUUCUUUACAUCCAGGUGCAUUAUUUCCAAAUAUGGGAUUAACUUAUAUGUUAAGUAUUAUGGAGUUACUUCAAGAAUUAAAGUUUAAAUAUAAUUGGGUCCCAUUAAGAAGCAUAUACUUUAUAUCAUUUGGUGGUAGUGAAUAUAACUAUAUUGGGUCCACUGAAUUUGUUCAAAAGGAAUCUUUAAGAUUGCAAAAAGAGAUCUAUUCUUAUAUAGAUAUUAGUCAAUUGUCAUUAGACCAAAACAUAGAUAUCAUGGCACACCCCUUAUUGCAACCACUAUUUGAAAAUUUUCAUGGAAUUGGGUCAAUACUAUCAAAGAAUGUUACUACAAUGAGUAAAUAUGGGGAUUGGACACCGUUUUUGGCAAACGGUAUUCCAACAGCAGCCAUAACAUCAAAGAUUGUUAAUAAUAAAAAUAUUCCAGUUCAUUCUUUCAUGGACACAUUUGAUUCUAUACAAGGUAAACUUCAUAAAAAAAAAUAUCAAAAUAUUAUUAAAGCCAAUAUUUAUUACACAAUUGGUAUUAUAUUAAGAUUGACAGACGCUCCUAUGAUACCAUUCAACUUAUUACAUUUUACUAAAGUUAUCAAUGAAAAAGUAUUUGACUUGAAGAUCAAAUAUGAUCGACAAUUAAAUUUCAAAAACAUAAUUAGAAGUUUGUUACAAUGGAAAAAAUUGAGUCAGGAAUGGAUCCAAUGGCAGUUAAAAUGGCAUUCCCAAUUCAAAAUUAAAAAUCAUUCAAUCAAAGUAGAAGAACCGUUGUCUAUAUCAAAACAAAGGUGUGCGUGGAAUUUAAAAUUAAGUCAUAUUGGUAAAAAGACAAUCUAUGAAUAUGGUUUACCCGAGAGAACUUUCUAUAAGAAUAUCAUUAUUGGUCCACCCUUUUGGACUGACUAUGGUACUAUUGAAGGUAUUGAUCUUAAUAUUGUUGAGACCAGUAAUGAUGGUGUGAUUCUAAGGGAAGACUUAUGGUUGUUCCCAGGUUUUCAUGAUGCAAUUUGGAAAGAAGAUUGGAAUAGUGCACAAGAACAACUUAACAUAAUUUCUAAAGUUUUAAAUGAAGCAGGUCACUCUAUUUCUAAAGAAUCAACCGAGAAUUUGAAAUAUUAA